AUGGAGGAUAGGGGUGGUGAGAUGUUUCUGGUGGCGGUCAUUUUUCUUGGGCUGUGCUGGUCCGCAGUCCUGCUGCGGAUUUACUGUCGGGCCUUUGUGAUAAGAUCUCUGGGAACCGACGACCAGCUCAUGAUUUUGACCCUGGUCAUAUUCACCUGUUACCUGGGACUACAGAUCCAAGCGGUGCAUUAUGGCGCUGGCCAACACAGAAUCGAUCUAGAUCCGCAGAACUAUUCCAGAGCCUUGGAGCUCAUGUAUGUGUCGCAAAUUCUCUACAUCGCGAGCACAUGUAUACUCAAACUCUCGGUCGGCUUCUUCCUCCUGCGAAUCUCGGUCAAGUCUGGUCAUGUCUGGGCCGUACGAAUACUCAUGCUGGUCAGUCUCCUGUUUGGAGUCAGCUACCUGAUGGUCGUCGCCAUGCAGUGCCUACCGGUCACAGUCUUCUGGGAGAUUUCACCUCGCGACCCAUACCAGUGUCUACCCCAGAAUGUGCUGUUAGUCUUGACAUAUUGCGGCUCGGCAAUCAACGGCCUGACGGACUGGGGAUUCGGCAUCCUACCAUUCUUCAUCGUAUGGUCCCUCAGCUUGCCAUUGAAGUCUCGCAUCCUGGUCAUCGCCAUCCUUUCAUUCGCCAUGGUUGGAUGUUCGGCAACAAUCGUGCGUGCGCGCCACAUCCCGCGCCUGUUGGAAGCAGAUGACUUUUUGUUCGCAACGGCCGACGUGGCAAUAUGGUCGACGGUUGAGCCUGGCAUCGGAAUCACGGCUGCGUCCAUCGCCACUUUGCGCCCGCUGUGGGAUCUCGUCUGCUUCCGCAUGGGGCUGAGGUCGGAAGGACCUCGUACGAAUCUCUGGUUGGACAAGCUCCCCGAGGACAAGACCGGGGGACUAGAGGCUGCAUCUAGAGGGAAAAGUGCCGACAAUAAGUUGUCUAUUUGUUCGGGCGGCCAGGGUGACCCUGAUGAUAAGUUGGUCGUCAAGGUGGAUGCGGCGUCUUCUAUAAACUCGGACGCCAAGGAUAAAAGCAGCGACUCCUCUAACAAAAACUACACCCACUAUGUAUCGUCUUCAUCGAACGACGGCAGCGACGAUGCAAACGUGGCUGAUACGGACAAACAAAGGACCAAGGGCAAGGAUUCUGAGGGCAAGCGGAAGCGCUUCCUCUUUGCAUCCCCCUCCAUGCUCGGGUUGCAGGUUGUGCCGCAGGGCGUAAUGUUGAACACGACCAUCCACCCGCACCGCAAGAGCAUGGCCGCGAAAAGCUAUAGCGCCCAAAUGGAUGAUGUGUACGAGGAUAUGGUUCAUCAGAUGAGCGACGCCUUUGGCAACACGGCGUCCAGGCCGGGUUCGGUUGGCAUACCGCGCGACCCGCUCACUUUGAGUACUGCACAAACCCAAGAGGACGACGAUGACGACGCCGGGUCCGCCUUCUCGGACGCGCCCAGACUGGACUGGAAAACGCCUCGAAUCUCGCGGUUCUCCUUGGGCAACUACUGGCUCGGGCGGAUUAGUUACUGGGGAGGCGGCCGCGGCAGGCUCAGCAGGAUCGACAGCUACGCGGCCCCGCUGCAGAGGCGCGGCACGCAGCGGUCACAGAGGUCACAGAGGUCACAGCGAUCGCAGCGAUCACGAAACACGCUAAACCGCGAAAACAGCCACAGCAGCCGGCACCUGAAGCCCGGGCGAAUGCCAAGCUGGACCAGCAGCAGGCGGUCCGCGGCGAGCAUCAAUACAGGCCCCCUGCCGGCGCCGCCGAUCGAGCCGGUACCGGAGAUGCCUCUGCGCUUCUUGAAGAAGACGGAGAGCAGUAGAGACGAUGUUAAUGAUGGUGGCGGAGGUAGUAGCGGCAAGGAUUGA